AGGCUGCUGGGAAGCAGCUGGUGGUUGUUCUGGGGAGCUUCGUUCCCCUCGGUGCUGCGGCUGGCACCUACCUGCGCGGCGGGCGAGUCCUCGCUCCUCAGUGCUGUCUCGGUGGGCGGCGAGGCGGUAAGGGACGGUGGCUGUGUCCCGGGGGCGAGGGCUGGCUGAGGUCCCGCCGUGCCCCGGCGCCGGCCGCUCGGCCAGGGCGAGUCGAGGGGAUGCACUUCGGUGCAGCCGAGGAAUGCAGACAGCUUGACACACGACGGUGCAGAUAAUUCAAAUUAAAUUUUAAUCUAGCAUGAAUUAAUACCGUGGCAUUAACAUUUCUUCAUCAGUACCAAUUAGAGUACAUUAGCAGAUACUGCUGGAGAAUACAAUAGUCUCUAAUAUGCGUCAUUAACGUGUAACAGAUCCCUCUGGGUCAUGCCUUUCCACCCCAGAUAAAAGCAGCCAAGGAGGCGGUCGGGUGCUUGCUGCCAGCGCACCCUUUUGGGGGUCAGCUCUUGCUCCUGGGGCCAUCGUGAUCCCGGUGGCACCACGGUCCUGUGGCACUGCAGCCGGAGCUGGCACCGGCCCCUCCGGCCUCACCCGGGGGGUUGUGGCGUGGUGGUGGGUGCUGCUGCCGGCACAGCCCCUCUCCCAGCUGUUGCCCGGCGUGUUCAUCCCUCCCUGGCCUCUGCCGCCGAGGCGAGAGGCCCUGGUACAGCUCCCAGCAGGCUGACAGACGGCUGGCAGGCAGCGGCUGCGGGGUGAGAUGGAGCGGCGGGCGCUGGCGCUGGCACUUUGCCUCUCCCUGGCCACGGUGGCAUCCGCCGACUGUGUCACCCAGUGCUCCCUCUGCACGGCCCAGACCCACGGCACCGAGAGCAGCGUCCGGCCCCUGAUGUGCCUGUGGGAAUGCCAAGGCUCCUCGCUGCCCGGCCCCGAGUGGGAGGCGUGCAGGAAGGCGCUGGCGCUCCUGGCCCCGCUGGUGGCCCUGGCCGAAGGGACAGACCCGUCCCCUCGGGCUGUGGAGGAAGAGGAGGAGGAGGCGAAGCAAGAACCGGGUCCCGGGGAGCUGCUGCCGGCGCCGGCCAAGCGUUACGGGGGCUUCCUGAAGAAGAUGGCCAAGGGGAAGCUGCUCGCCCUGCUGCGCGAGAACGCCCACAGCAAGGGCGGCCUCAGCAAGAAAUUGGGGGGCUUCGACCGCAAGCCGGGGGAGCGGGCGGCCCCCGAGGACUACCCGGGGCCGGCGGGUGAUGGGGAUGAGGAGCCCGCGGGUGCCGGGGCCGCGGGGCAGGAGCUGGCGGAGCUGCACAAGCGUUACGGCGGCUUCAUGCGCCGGAUCCGGCCCAAGCUGAAGUGGGACAAUCAGAAGCGCUACGGGGGCUUCCUGCGGCGGCAGUUCAAGGUGACCACGCGGUCGGAGGAGGACCCCAAAGCCUACUCAGGGGAGGUCUCAGACCUAUAGAGCCGGGCGUGGGACGGGCGGCACCACGGUCCCCACGCUGCCGGCCCGGACUGCGCCGUCACCCCCCGGCCCCAUCCCCUGCCCAGCCCGCCUCAUCCCCACUGGGGACCACGGGUCCCCAUCCCCGAUUGUGCCCGCUCCCUGGCUCACCUGCCCACCCCUUCGGGACUCCAUACACCGAGGGGACAGUGCCACCCCUCCGGCUGCUGGCGGUGCGGCUGCGGGUCCAGCCCCAGGGCUCCUGGGGGCAAAUCGAGGCGGGGGGACACAGACACAGACACAGACAGGCGUGUAUCCUCCACCCUCCCGCAGGCAGCUGCAGAAGCGCAGCAGGGUCUGGAAACCAUCACAGCUGAUGUACAGGGCAACGGGCUCUGAGCACCGGGAAGGAUGAGCUGGGGCAGGAUCAGGCCCUCUGCCCAGCACCCUCCUGGUGCCCCCUCCCCGGGCUUCCCCCCACUCUGAGAACAACCCCCAGAGGCAGGAUCGGACCCUCACCCCGGCGCCUGCUCCCCAGCACCACCACCCCCCCCCGCAGCCAAUAAAAGGCAGAUGCCAACGAA